AUGGUAUCGAAUUCAUCUAAGAGCCAGAAGGUUCAAACAUUUGGACGCAAGAAGCGCGCAGUAUGUGUCGCUUUAUGUACAAGCGGCACUGGGGUCGUCCGUGUGAACGGGAGACCUUUGGAUUUGUUAGAGCCGGUAACUCUACGCACAAAGGCUCUGGAGUCACUUUACAUAGUUGGCAAGAAGCGCUUGAGUAAGUUGGACCUGAGGCUCCGCGUCCGUGGUGGUGGGUUUACAUCCCAGGUCUACGCAAUUAGGCAAGCUAUGUCUAAGGCAGUUGUCGCAUACUAUCAGAAGUAUGUUGACGAGGCCUCAAAGAAGAAACUCGUUGACGAACUCGUCAGCUACGACCGUUCGCUUUUGAUCGCGGAUUCUCGCCGUUGCGAGCCUAAGAAGUUCGGAGGUCCUGGCGCUCGCGCACGUUACCAGAAAUCUUAUCGUUAA